AUGUCUACCAACCUCAACUUGAAACAUGGAGCCGAUGGCCAACUGUACUAUGAGGCCAGUGAUGGCCACUGGUAUCCUUACUCUUCGUUGCCGUCCUCAGGUCCAUCCUACGCAGCCAACCAGCAGUACUCACAGGACCCGAGCCCCUUACAAGACUCGCUUUACCAUGGAGAAGCCCAGUAUAAUGAUUAUGAAGCCGAAGCUGGAAGCUUCCAGGGAGACCCGCGUAUCGACAACGAUGACCCUCGCAAAGCAUCUUCGUCUUCACGCAAGCAAGCAGAGGAGGACACGAACGAAUUUGUAAAGGAUCAGAAGAAGCACAAGAGAUACCAGGUUGAACCAAACGAUAGCUCUCGAAGAAGGCGCCACAAGCACAAGGAGUCCACCAAAAAGAGCCUCGACCAGAUGAUGAAGCCAUUCAAGCCCUAG